AUGCCUAGGUUCUUAAAUAAGGCUUGCAUUGUUGGAAAUGUUGAGGAAGAACUCACACCUGAUGGAGUAGCCUUAGAUCCAUGGAACCUUUGUACUGUAAAUCAGGUUGAAGAGCUAAAAUCCCUGAUAAAGGUAAUCCCAAUAUGGUCAACAGGGAUUAUGAUGUCAGUAACUACCAGUCAGCUCACAUUCCCUGUUCUACAAGCUGGGUCUAUGGAUCGUCAUAUCACCUCAAAUUUUCAAGUUCCUGCUGGUUCCUUCGGGACAUUCACAGUCAUCUCAAUAAUGUUAUGGAUUGUCAUUUAUGAUCGCAUUGUGAUUCCUUUAAACACGAGAAUAACAGGAAAACCAGGACAAUUGAGUGUAAGGAAACAAAAGGGAGUUGGUCUCAUACUCUCAUUCAUGUCAAUGGUUGUGUGCGCGAUAAUUGAGGGUGUUCGACGUGAGAGAGCUAUUAAGGAAGGAUUCUCAGAUGAUCCAAAAGGGGUGAUUGACAUGUCAGCUUACGGGUUGCUGUUUCACCAUUGGAUUUCUGGAAUGGCUGAGGCUUUUUUUAUAGUUGGCCAAAAUGAGUUCUUUUACUCUGAAUUCCCAAAGAGCCUGCAAGGAGUUCGCAAGAAGGCAAGAAACUCAUUGCCUUCAGAGUCAAAUUAG